CCUCAACUGAGAAGUGUCAGCGCACUAAUGCAUGUAGGUGAUUCACUGCUCGACACUGGCACAGCUAAAUCCCAGGGGAGAGACUUUUCCUGCGUAUUUUGGAUGCAGAGACAAUGAAAUCUUGAGCGUGUGUGUAGUCAGAAGGUCAGACUUUUCCCACGGUCGGGAUGCUGGCUCUGUCCAGGCGAUGGUCAGCUUUGAGCUGGAGACUGUCCCGGCGCUGCUCUGCCCUCUGUCUGGGGACGGUGAGCAGCCGGCCCUCCACCGCAGCCAGGCCACAGUAUCUAACCACCACCCAGACUGCUCUGUUUCACCAAAGCAAAGCCAAAGCCAGUCCUGACCCAAACAAGCCCGCUUCAGUGUCUGGCUCGGGGCUGGAGGGGGAGCUGUUCGGGAUGGGGAUGUGGUCACUGGGGCUGGGCGCUGUCGGAGCGGCGCUAGCCGGGAUCUUCCUGGCCAACACCGAUCUGUGUCUGCCUAAAGCUGCCAACGCAUCGCUGGAGUUCCUGGAAGACACUGACCUGCGCUCCACUACGGGUGACAACACGUUCAUCAAAGCAAAAAGCCUAUGGGAGGUGAACGGGGCUGUGGUCAUGGCCGUACGACGGCCUGGAUGAUUUUUGUGCAGAGAGGAGGCCUCUGAGCUGUCCUCUCUGAAGCCCCAGCUAGAAGAGCUCGGGGUCCCUCUGGUCGCCGUGGUGAAGGAGAACGUCGGCACAGAGAUCGAGGACUUCAGACCGCACUUCGCUGGGGACAUUUACAUCGAUGAAGAGAAACACUUCUACGGCCCGCUGCAGAGGAAGAUGGGUGGCCUUGGCUUCAUUCGCCUCGGAGUGUGGCAGAACUUUAUACGGGCUUGGAGGUCCGGUUACCAGGGAAACAUGAACGGCGAGGGCUUCAUCCUUGGAGGGGUGUUUGUCAUCGGACCUGGAGACCAGGGGAUUCUCCUGGAACAUCAUGAGAAGGAGUUCGGGGAUAAGGUGGAGAAUGCAGAUGUUUUAGAGGCUGUCAAGAAAAUUGUGCCAGUGAAAUAAGUUGUUAUUCCUAACACACAUGUUCAGCAUUAGGCAUAGGUACGGUGGGUUAAGAUCAAAACUAGAAUGAAAAAAUGAUUUUUACUGUGACACGUCAAUAUCCAAUCAUCCAUCACUGAAAUAUUGCUACUGUUGGUGUUGUGUAAUAUCACAAAAUUGUCUUUUUUUUGCAUGUUAAUUUACUGUUGGUUACGAAUGACAUGCCAUUAAGUACAAGACAGAGCCAAUAUUAUUAUUAGAUUUGUCACAGAUUAUUCGUCUUUACCUCUGCAGACGCCUAUAAGCUAUUUUUAUUUUGAGACGGGUAUUACGAAACAGGUAGAAAGGGACUUAAAGGUUGCAUUUUUAUUCAGGUACAUCAACCAUUAAAUUUAAAAUCACUUGAAAUCUUCCCGUUAGAGAAGAACAUAAGUCAAUUUGCUUAAUAACAUGUAAUUAUUCUCUGUCAGUGGCACAUUUUAUAAUAACGUUCCUUUGUGUUAUGUACAUUUGCUUCGCCUGUGUGUGUGAUAAUGACAAUCUGACUCUAAACUCGACACUGAGAGGAGCAGGUUUGAUGCUCGAACACACACACAGCUCCAGCCACUGUCACCAUGUUUGUGGUGUGAAGCAGGUGUUGCUGUAUGUGUGAAUGUGACAGAGAGAUUGUGCGUACCAGUACACAAGAAUGCUAGCAGGAAAUAAUAAAUUAAAGAAGUCCUCGUCACCAUA